GUCGUUUCGUGGAAGACUCCGCCCCGCCCCGCCCCUCCCUGCCCCAGUGAGCGACCGAAGUGAACUCGUGGGAGAAGAAACUGAAAGAAGAGUCUUCGUGGAUCGUUCCAACUCUUCGUGCAGACAUGCGGGUUGCAGUGAUCGGAGCUGGCGUCAUUGGCCUGUCCACGGCCCAGAGCAUCUAUGAGCAGUAUCACUCAACGGUUAGUCCGCUCACCAUUGAGGUGUAUGCAGACCGAUUCACUCCACUGACCACCAGCGAUGGAGCUGCAGGCUUCUGGCAGCCAUACCUCUAUGACAAGGGCAAUGUCCAGGAGACGAAAUGGAACAAGGAGACAUUUGACUACCUGCUGAGCUGGCUUAACUCACCCGAGUCUGUUAAAAUGGGUGUAUUCCUUCAGUCUGGCUAUAACAUCUUCACUGAACCUGCUCCAGAUCCCUCAUUCAAAGAGGCCGUCCUCGGCUUCAGACACCUCACACAACGGGAACUGCAGUUGUUUCCUGGAUACAAUUUUGGCUGGUUUAACACGGCUCUGAUGGUGGAAGGAAAGUCAUAUUUACCGUGGUUGAUGGACUGGCUUCAACAAAGGGGGGUCAAAUUUUAUAACAAGAAAAUAAACUCUUUCAAAGAGCUGUCUGAGAGCGGGGCAGACGUGAUCAUAAACUGCACAGGGGUGAGAUCAGGAGAGCUGCAGCCAGACCCAGACCUGAAGCCGGGCCGAGGGCAGAUUAUAAAGGUGGAUGCUCCCUGGCUGAAACACUGGGUUAUCACCCACAACAUGAAGACGGGAGUGUACAACUCACCGUACAUCAUUCCAGGGAGCCGCCUCGUGACAGUUGGUGGGCUUUUCCAGUUAGGAAAUUGGAGCGAACAAAACAACUCUGCCGACCAUAAGCAUAUGUGGGAAGAAGCUUGUCAGCUGGAACCAAGCCUCAAGCAUGCCAGGAUCGUGGAGGACUGGGCUGGUCUCAGGCCCGUCCGCAGCAAAGUGCGCCUGGAACGCGAGACUUUACAGUCAGGCGCCUCUACAAUAGAGGUGAUACACAACUACGGCCAUGGAGGCUUUGGACUCACCAUUCACAGAGGCUGCGCCCAGGAGGCUGCCAGGCUGUUCGGCCAGAUCGUUCAGCAAAAGCACAAAGCUACAAAAGCUCGUCUGUAGACGUGCUCACCAGUCCGUUUUGCUGUGCACCUUUUUUCACUAAAUAUGUAUGCAUUAUAAACGAUGAAAUGCACUUAAAGUAAGGAUGUCUGAGAGGGUUAUAGAACUAACUUAAACAUGAUGUUAAAAUGACAAAAGAAGAUCAAGCAGCUGUUCUUUUGUUGUAGUAAUUAGAAAAUUCCAGAAAAGUAUUCCAAUACCUUACAUGAAGUAUAUAAUUUAUGUUUUGUAGGGUUUAAAAUGACAGAAAAACUGUUUGGAAGUAUAGUUUCUUCACAUUCAUUUUCAAAUUUUGAUCUUUUAACAUAACUUCCAUGAAACAGAAAUGUGCCUUUCUAAGAACAUUUACAAUUUGUAAAUCUUACUUUUUUAACAAAAUUAUGAUAUGCAAUAAUUUGUGGGUUUGUAAUGUCUAUGUGAAAAUAUAGCAUUUUUGUCCUAUAUACUUCAAAUACAGACAAUAAUUAUUAUGAUAUUUAUACAAAUACACUAAAUCUGUUACUGUCAAUUAUUCUCAAAUGUCAAUGAACACAAUAAUCUUUAUAUGUGUCAAAGAAAGUUGCAAAUAAAAUAGCAAACAACUGACUUAUACCCUGAGAUAGACUGGCGACCUUUCCAGGUUGCCCCCUGCCUUCGCCCGCAAGUGGCAGCCGCGUGACUCCGAAAGGGAAUAAACGGAAGAAGAUGAAUGAAUGAAUGAAUGAAUGAAUGAAUGAAUGAAUAACUGAUUAACAUGUAUGUGUCAGAGGUCAGAACUCUGUCUCCUCCUCUGGUCUCCAGUGGGAGCCGUCUCCAGAGUUCUAACCACUACAUUUCCCAGCAACCCCUGUGCACACUCCCUGUCCCCGGACAACCAGAGCAAACUUAAGCUCUGUACUGAGCCUCACUCAGUGCGAAAUAUUGUUUGUGCCAUUUGUGUUCUGUAUUUGACUCAGUUUGCCUGCCCUGAAACUCACCUAGAUUUUGACCUCCUGUUUCUCCUUUGAUGCUCCUAUACUUGUUGACCCCUUCCUGCCUGACCCUGAUUCAGCUUUGUGGACUUAUAGCUGAGCUGCAACUGGAAACAACUGUCUGCCUGUGACCGUAUAUGUGUGUAAAAAACACUAAAAUCCCACCACAUCAGUGAUCGACCUGAAUGAGAUUGACACCACCAACAGAAGCACUUAUUGCUGAAUAGUCACACCUCCAAACACACAGACAGCACCACCACCCCGGCCCAGCUGGACAGAAAUAAAAAUAUUGAUCAACGAAACAGGUUUUUAGGUGUUGCCCCAGCCCUCAAACUUUGCAGACUCCUAUUUAUUAGGAACUGUGAAAUGUACACAUUCCACAAUGACCCCCCCACCUUAAAAUCAACCAUGUAAAGAAACUGCCUAAAUGUAUGUAUUUCAACUAAAAUGUUUAAUAUAUAUUCUUCAGCAAUAAAUGACAUGAUUC